AUGAGUGGUUCCGAAGCCGCAGCUGAGAUGUGUCGAGAGGUCAAAGACCUGCUGAUCGAAGGCGCCAAGUACACGGCCAACGGAGACUUGGAGAAAGCAGUGAAGUGCUAUACUAAAGUGCUUGAUCUGGAGUCGCAGAAGCCGGAGCCGUAUGUGCUGCUAGCUAGAUGUUUGUAUCAGACCGGACUUAAGCGAAACGAUAUUUUUGGGGGUCAGCAAGGUGAUGGGCAACUGGGACAGGGAGAAGACGAUGAAGAGGAAGAUGAUGAGGACAUGAGCGAUAGCGAAGAGUCAUCAAGCAGUGAUCGCAAUCGACCAGCUGUAGGUCCCUUGAACUCUCGCUUGUAUCAGUUUGACCAUGAGGAAGAGGAAGAACUAGAUGAUGUGGAGCCAAGGGACGAACCAGGUGAGGAAGAUGUAAGAGAGGGUUCGAUCCCGGAAGGCAGUGAUGAAGCAGACGAGGAGCGUUCUGACGAUGACCUAUCGCCAGCAGACGGCUUUGAGAACUACCUGCAAGGUGACCUCUUUGAAAAUGCAUUGGAGCUGCUGUAUCGGGCUCGAAUCAUGUAUAUGGAGUCCGCUAAACCAUCAGAAGAAAUGCCAGAGGAUUUCCAGAUGAAACUUGUCGAAGUUUACGACCUGCUGGGCGAUAUUGAUCAGGAACUGGAAGAUUUUGCACAGGCUGUCAGGGAUUACGACGAAGCAAUAAGUAUGUGCCAAAAUGCGUCAUCCCAGGAAUCAAACGAUCAAAUUUUAACCAUCUACAUGAAGCUAGCCGAAGCAUUGAAGUGGAUGGAUCCCGCGAGCGAUAUAACGCCUGAACAGCAUAAGGAGCAUCUGAUCAAGAUAAAACGGCUUCUCAAGGCAAGAAUCAGAAGUGGAGAAACGAUUCAUAUCGAAGAGGAUGAAUUGCGCCUGCAAAAAAUCAAUGAGGAUUUAAAGGCUCUCAAAGCAAAUCCACAAGAGGCUGGGCUCGACAAGAACUCCAUGAUGCAGGCUAUCUUGAAGCAGGCGCUUGAAGCCACCAAACGGGGCGAGGUAAACGACCUAUCCAAGAUGGUGAAGAAAAAUAGAAAAAAGCCGUUAUAG